AUUGGGCUGACACUGCUAGUCCAGUGGUGAAGCUGAAGGCCGAGAUGUCCUACAACAGGUUGCUGAUAUGCUUUUUUACAAAGUCAUGCAGCUUCGGUAAUGCAGUGUCUGUGAUGUGGUGACGGCUGGGAAUUUCAUACUUUGGCUCAAGUACGCUAAGAAGACGACGUAAGCCAGUAUUAUCUACAACUGACAACGGCUGGUCAUCAAGAGCAAUGAACUGGUUUGGACAAUUGCUUAUCUGUGGAUUCUGGAUUUUGGACUCCCCUCUCUGCUUUGAUCGUAUGUGCCGUGACGUCCUUCUCGCGGCUGCAGCUGGUUGUCCUAAUCAGCUACAGGUACAAAGGGCCCUCAAGGAAGGAGAAGAAGAAAUUGCAGGCCGCACUGGACUGUAUAUAAAGUCAUAUCCCUAUUUAUGCUACAUUCAAACAGUUUCUAAAUUUUCCGUAUCAUCAUGGAUAAUACGUAAAAUGAAGAGCGUCCAACAGUCCACAACGUCAGGGCGCUCCGCGACCUCAUCUCCCUGGAUGUCCACUCCCUCACGUUGCAGACAGUCGGUGAUCGUUCCCUCUGGCUGGAUGACUCCCUAUCCUAUCAACUUUUCUAAUUUAAUAAAAUCCCUGCUGAACAAGCCCCCUACUCCUCCUCCUCCUCCACACACUUUAUACCCUGACUCCCCUUCCUCAAUACUUCCUCCCACGCCUGCUGGGUCAAUCUCUGGAGGGCUGAUGGAGCUCGGCUGGGGGCUGAUGCUGUGGAUUUCAGGCGACAGAUGGGAGAGUAUGUGCAGGCAGCUGAGCUUCACGCUCCGCUGGCUUGGCGGCCCGGCCGCUCUGAGUCACGUUUGA